AUGUCUAACCUUCCCAACGAGCCCGAGUUCCAGCAGGCCUACAACGAGCUUGUCAGCACCCUCGAGAACAGCUCCCUCUUCACCCAGUACCCCGAGUACAAGACCGCCCUCGAGGUCGUCUCUAUUCCCGAGCGCGUCAUCCAGUUCCGCGUUGUCUGGGAGGAUGACAAGGGCAAGCUCCAGGUCAACCGUGGGUACAGGGUCCAGUUCAACUCGGCCCUGGGUCCUUACAAGGGCGGUCUGAGAUUCCACCCUACCGUGAACUUGUCGAUCCUCAAGUUCCUCGGCUUCGAGCAGAUCUUCAAGAAUGCUCUGACUGGCCGUGAGCUCCUCCAACAACCCUGA